AGGUAGAAAAUUCCCACUUUUGCACUCGCUUCACCGAGGGAUUCUCCCUCCUCCGUCUUCGUUGGCUGCAGCGCGAUCGGCGAUGGCUUCCUAUCUCGCGCGUCGUCUCCUCGGCCGUCGCUCCGUCUCGGCAUUAUUUUUCUUGAGAAGUUAUGGGCAUGCUCGCCACAUUAGCCAUUACAGUCUCCAUGGUGGUUCUGUCUGUACAAAACCUAUGAGAGAGGCUAUGGAGUUCUUCCCACGGCCAUCACCUUACAAAUGCUGGAGUAGGUCAUUUGCUUCUGAUGGUGAUCUGGUUGAUGCUGUUGUUCCAUAUAUGGGGGAAUCUAUAACUGAUGGAACUUUAGCAACUUUUCUGAAGAAACCUGGUGAUAGAGUUGAAAUGGACGAACCUAUUGCACAGAUUGAAACUGACAAGGUGACUAUUGAUGUAGCUAGUCCUGAAGCUGGAGUUAUCCAAAAGUUCGUUGCCAAAGAAGGGGAUACAGUGACUCCUGGAGCCAAAGUAGCUAUUAUUUCCAAGUCUGCUCCUAGUGACACUCAUGUUUCUCCAUCAGAUGAGAAGCUUGGUAAGGACACUGGAGCUUCUGUUCCAGCUGAGAAGAAGAUUGACACACAAGUGCCGAAGUCUGAAGUUCCUAAAGCAGACAAGCUGAAAACACCUCCUCCCCCUCCUCCGGCCCCCAAAACCUCACCUUCAGAACCUCAACUUCCUCCCAAGGAAAAGGAAAGACGGGUUCCCAUGCCAAGACUAAGAAAAAGAGUUGCUACACGGUUGAAGGAUUCACAAAAUACAUUUGCAAUGUUGACCACAUUUAAUGAAGUGGACAUGACUAAUCUGAUGAAGCUCCGCUCUGAUUACAAAGAUGCCUUUGUGGAAAAACAUGGUGUGAAGCUGGGACUCAUGUCUGGUUUUCUCAAGGCUGCCGUGUCUGGACUCCAAAAUCAACCAAUCAUCAAUGCAGUCAUCGAUGGCGAUGACAUCAUAUACAGGGACUACAUUGAUGUCAGUAUAGCUGUUGGUACACCUAAGGGCCUUGUGGUUCCAGUUAUCCGCAAUGCGGAUAGAAUGAACUUUGCGGAUAUAGAAAAGGAGAUCAACACCCUAGCUAAGAAGGCUAACAAUGGGACAAUUUCGAUAGAUGAGAUGGCUGGAGGCACAUUCACCGUUUCUAACGGUGGCGUCUAUGGAAGUCUUCUCAGUACACCAAUCAUCAACCCCCCACAAUCUGCUAUCCUAGGAAUGCACUCCAUAGUGUCCCGUCCGAUGGUGGUUGAUGGUAACAUUGUCCCAAGGCCGAUGAUGUAUAUCGCUCUGACCUACGAUCACCGAUUAAUUGAUGGAAGAGAAGCUGUCUUCUUCCUGCGACGUAUUAAAGAUGUGGUUGAGGAUCCACGAAGGCUUCUUCUCGACUUGGAGCCACAUUGAAAGUCCAAUGAUGCAUGAAUGGCUGCCUUUUGUCGCAAAUAAAAGAUACUGUUUUGAAACAAAUUUUAUGAGUUGGAUCAUGACCUGUGUUUUUGAGCAGGUCGUCUAUUAGUUCACUGUGGAAUUUGAGCUUCCAUGACUGCCGCAUUGAACGGUUUUUUCUUUGCGAACUUUGAGCUAUGUUGUGUCGAAAGUGCUAUGUUGCAGAUUGAAUUUGAUGGAGUACGGUAUGCAAUUGAAAACCAUUAUCAAAUUAAAAUUUAACGCCAAACCUGAUCUGAGCAGGUAUGUGGUAAUUUUUUCACA